AUGUUGCACAGAUUCGUCUUCUCUGGCAUUUGGUCCCGUUUAAAGCAGACACAGCCUGGCUGCCAAUACUCCACUAAGUCUAGUAGCUUGAGGAGAAGGUCCACCUGGUUUGGCAUACCAGUUACCUUAGGCGUGGCUUGCAUUGGAAUAUUACAACUGUAUCGAGUUCUAGGGCGAGAGAAAGGGGAAAGAUGGGUGUCACCACAACCCGUCACAUGGCAGCUUGCUGGUUUUCUAAUGUUGCCUACAAGACCUUUAUCAAGAUGGUGGGGUUCUUUAAUGAACCUUAGGCUCCCGGUAUGGAGCCGGGCUCCACUACUAGGCCUUUAUUCUCAAGUGUUUCACUGUAACCUGGAGGAGAGUGAUCGAGGGGAUUUCAAGGACUACGAGAGCUUCUCUGAUUUGUUUACGCGUAAUCUCAAAGAAGGUAGCAGGAGCUUUGAUGAAAAACAUGAGCUGGUGUGUCCAUGUGACGGAAAAGUCCUCCAUUUUGGUAAAGUAAACAAAGACAAUGAACUCAUUGAGCAAGUGAAAGGCGUCCACUACUCACUCUCAGCAUUCCUGGGACCGGGAUUAUUAGAAAGGACUUCUACUCCAGACCCCAUAGAUUCAAAAUUACCCCACAAGGGGUCUGAGCUCUAUCAUGUUGUAAUAUAUCUUGGACCAGGGGACAAUCAUCACUUCUACUCGCCGACGGAUUGGUCACUAAAUAUUGCCAGACACAUUCCUGGGGAGUUACUCACCGUUGCUCCUUGGGCUGCUAAGACUAUGCCUGGUCUAUUUGCUCUUAAUGAGAGGGUUAUACUCGCUGGAAAAUGGAGGAGUGGAUUCUUCUCAUUUGCAGCUGUCGGCGCCUAUAAUGUGGGCUCCAUUCACUUAUCAAUGCACAAGGAUUUACGGACAAAUCGUAAAGGUGGAUAUAAAUUUGGUUCUUAUACUGAUAAAGUGAUCAGCUACAAAGAAGUCGGAGAGAGUCUCCAGGCUACUAAAGGUUAUCAUCUUGGUCAUUUCAACAUGGGAUCUUCAAUCGUACUUGUGUUUGAAGGACCAAAGGACUUCAAAUUUGCCGUCCAAAGAGGAGAGAGCGUUAAAAUAGGAGCGCCGCUUGGUAGAAUUGAUCAAAAAACAUAG